AUGCGGCUCCAUUUAUCUGUACCUUUAUUAGUGCCUCACAAAACUGAAACUGAAGUUAAACUUGGUCAAUAUGUUGUGCCGAAAGAUACACAAGUUCUUGUCAAUGCAUGGUCCAUAGCACGAGACCCAAGGUAUUGGGAUAAUCCGUUGAAAUUCAAGCCGGAAAGGUUUUUGGGAAAUGAGAUCGACUACAAGGGCAAACAUUUUGAGUUUAUACCAUUUGGAUCAGGUCGAAGGAUCUGUCCUGGAGCUCCCUUGGCUCAUAGGGUUGUGAGUUUAAUGGUGGCAUCAUUUGUGUAUCAUUUUGAAUGGAAGCUUCCACACGGCAAAGAAGAAAUCGACAUGAAUGACAUUUUUGGCCUCACAUUGCUUAGGGCCACACUUCUCCUUGCCACUCCUGUACCCUUUAAAUAA